UAUUUAUUUUUCUGUUGGGAGGUAGCACAAAUUUCUUUGCAAAAUAAAAAACCUCCAUGAAAAGGUGGAUGGAUAAAAAGAUCAAAUGAAACAUUUUUGAAGAGCUUUAAAUAGUUUUAAAUGAAUAACAUUUAGCUGGAAAUGUAACACCUGAGUGACUGCACCCUGUAUAAAACUGAAACUUUUAAUGAAAUACUUUAAAAAAAUGACAAUGAAGAACAAAACAUAGCCAAACUAUGAGUAAGCUAACAGUUCUAAGGUAUUUUUAGGAGGUCAUGUGAUACUCUCAAAGUUUCCCAUGAUUUUAUCCCAUACAUUCUUUCUUUGAAUGGCCUUAAUUCAUCACACAGUACCUGGAAAUGUUGAGUUCGCUGUUGGUCACACUCUCACUGAUGUCAUCUCACUGAAGCAAAGUUACGCAAAGGCCAUUUAACUUGAAAUGACCUUUGACGACCUCUCACAUAUUUGUGACAUGCUCAGAGGCCAGCAUGCGUACAAAUUACAAGCAAUCAGUGACAAAAAUCCUGACAUUUGCAAACCAGACCAACAGCAUUCUUACAUUCUUCGCUCAAAGCACACCUACAAGACGAAGUCACCAGGAAUCCAGGCUUCAUUGUGACUUACCUUGGGUCUAGUGUGAACUACUGAACGCUAAAAUCGCAUGAGCUGCCUUGAAUGGAAGGAGGACUUAUGAUGUCAGAACACGGUGAGCCUUGCAGUGGGAAGGAUGCCAGCUUCUGCAUGAACGGGGCAACAUGCUACAAAUUACCAUCUAUGGAUACACUCUCAUGCGUGUGUAACGUAAAUUACAUAGGUCACAGAUGUGAACGACAGGAGCUCUUCAUCAUUUCUCCGACUCCAGAAGAAACAGGUUUAAUUGCAGCGGUGGUCAUUCUUGUCAUCCUCAUCUUAGUGGCACUGGUAUUCAUUAUCUUCAAAGUAUACAAAUUGGUGAAAGCGAAGAACUCCAGUGAUUCCAGACAUCAGC